AAUUAGCCGAGAGGGGAGGGGAAAAAAGUUGGACACCCACUCUCGCCGUGACUUUUUCUCCUCUUCCCUUUCUCAGUGGAAGAACCCUCAAGACAAAAAGUCACAAAAAGGAUCAAACACUGGAUUACUUUUGACGCACACCGGAUCUUUACCAGCUAAUAUUAGUCUUCAUUGCUGGAUUCAUGUAACUACAAGUUUGUGGAUUUACUCAAAAGUUCAAGGUGGUGAGGCGAGCUGCGUGAAACCAUGUGGCUUCUUUGCUCCUGCCUGACUCUGCUGGCCAUCAGCCUCGGAUCAUGUGAAACACUUCAACAUGUGCAGUGCCCGUCUUUACAAGUAGAAGAAUGGAAAUUCCCACAUUCGGAUCGGAAUAAUAUCACAGGCUUUAAUCUGGUGAGGCGCUUCUCUCUUCUCAAGAAUCAAGACGUCAAGAAGAUCCGUAACCCUCGCGGGCCCGUCAUCCUCCGCUUGGGCAAGACUGCCCUCAUUCGUCCCACCGACGAGGUGUUUCCUGAUGGCCUUCCUGAGGAAUUCACUCUGAUAUUCACCCUUACAUUAAAGAAGGCCGCCCUGAGGGACACCACCUACCUCCUUCAGAUAUCUGACAAGCAGGGAUACCCUCAGCUCUCGGUGGACCUCAACGGCCAAGAUGGCACCCUGUCGUUGAGAACCAGACAGGCAGACGUCACGGGCAAUCUAGCGAGCUAUGUGUUUGCUAACGAGGCUGUGGAAUCUCUGCUGGAUUUACGCUGGCAUAAGGUGGCCCUUAGCCUACAACGAGAUUCCGCCUCGCUCCUGGUGGACUGCAACCAUGUCGAGACGCAGACGCUGGAGCCCCGUGGGAAUCUACCCACUGAUGGACAUACGCUUCUGGGCAUUCGGGCUACGAACGCUGGGCCUGUACAGAUGGACAUUCAGCAGGUGGUGCUCUAUUGUGAUCCAUCUCUAGCCAGCCAAGAGACCUGCUGUGAAAUUCCAGGAGCUCGAUGCCCUCCAGAUGCCUCCAAGAGUCGACGAGCCGCAGAGAAUGACCUGGAAAAUACUUUUAGUCAGGAGAUCUUCUCAUCCAAAGAUCUGGAAGAGAAAGUCAUAAAUCUUGCUCGUAUUUCUGGGAUGAAAGGGGAAAAAGGCAACCGGGGUGACGACUGCUCUGGCGUACAUUCAAGUCCGUGUUCAGCGGGAGCCAAGGGAGAGAAAGGAGAGAAGGGCGAGAUGGUACUGCCUGCCAACUGGGGUGAAGCAGCUGGGUUCAAGGGACUCAAAGGUCAGAAAGGUGAAAUUGGUCUACAGGGUCUCACAGGCACUCCAGGGAAGGAUGGUCGAGCAGGCUCCAUCUGUGUAGUGGGCCCCAAGGGACAGAAGGGUGCCUCGGGUUUCGUGGGUCCUGAAGGCUUGGCAGGGGAUCCGGGGUUGCCCGGACCUCCGGGUCCUCCUGGAGUUGGAAAGCCAGGUCCAGCUGGUCCUCCUGGUCAGCCUGGGGGUGCAAAGGGAGACAUGGGUGACCCUGGGACGAAAGGAGUUGACGGAUUGCCUGGAGAUCCAGGACCAAGAGGACCAGCAGGACACAAAGGAGAAAAGGGAGACCCGUGCGAAGUGUGCCCCACGUUGCCCCUGGAUAUCGGCAACACGGUGGCUUUGCAAGGUGGGAAGGGCCCGAAAGGAGAGCCCGGACUUCCGGGAAUUGGCGAGAGAGGACCCCCUGGACUUCAAGGUGUGGAUGGAAACCGCGGCCAGAAGGGAGAAGCCGGAUCAGAUGGUGUUAAAGGAGAAAAGGGUGAGGCCUGUUCUGUGUGCCCCACCUUGGGCGAGCUCGCCCCAAACCUGCUCUCUGGUGUCGCUGCUCAAACCCUGCAAGUGAAAGGCCAAAAAGGCGAACCGGGUUUUGGAAUUCAUGGAAAACAAGGAGACGCUGGAAAUGUAGGACCACCUGGCCCAAGAGGAGAGAAGGGUAAUUCGGGGAGAAGAGGAGCUGACGGUAAGCCGGGGAAAAUUGGUGCCAAAGGAUCGGAUGGCAAGGAUGGAGGAAAGGGUGAAAAGGGAGAGAUUGGACUGCCUGGUCUUAGUUUUCCCGGCCAGAAAGGGGAACCGGGCCAGUGCGGCGUAUGCCAGCCCUACGAGGUCGGCAGCGGACCUGCCAGCAUCAAAAUAGUCGAGGGAACGAGAGGCAACCCGGGCGAACAGGGCCCUCCGGGUAGCCCUGGACUCCCCGGGCUCGGAGCAGAAGGCAAACAGGGCCCCCCGGGUGCCGCCGGAGAGAAAGGAGAUAAGGGUGACCAAGGUGACAAAGGAGAUUCUGGAGAUGAUGGUGUUCCUGGAGUUCCAGGUCUCCCUGGAGAGCCUGGUCGAGAUGGACAAACCGGUCUCAAGGGAGAGAAGGGUGAUGCUUGUACCAGCUGUUCAUCUCUGGGCACUGCACUCGGUGAUGGUGUGGCUGUGCCCGGGCCAAAAGGAGAGAGGGGAGAGCCCGGCACCCCGGGGACAGGCAAAACGGGCAAAAACGGUAAACCGGGCUUGUCAGGUGUGCAAGGCCAUCCUGGUGUUAAAGGGAGUAAGGGAGAACCUGGACUUGCAGGAGUUGGCCUACAAGGUAUACAGGGCAUCGAGGGUCCAAGAGGACUUCCUGGUAUUACUGGACCUCCCGGUUCCAGAGGAACACCUGGACCUGCAGGUCCAGUUGGGGAAAAGGGUCUGAUGGGAGAAGUCGGACCUCCAGGACCACAAGGACCAAUGGGCUUUGGCGUAACUGGGCCAGCUGGUCGAGACGGUGCCCCGGGCUCGAGCGGAUCUCCAGGAGCUGAUGGUAGACCUGGACUUGAUGGAGCUAAGGGGGACAAGGGUGACCCUGGCGAGUGCAACUGCAUUACGCCAAUGCAGUCUGGUGCAGGAGGACCCGGAGCUCCCGGAGCUGCGAUGGGGACGUGGCAGCCUGGCCCUCAGGGACCCCCUGGACCACCAGGCCCACCAGGCCCUCCUGGACCUCACGGUGCCAAUGGACUUCAAGGACCUCAAGGUAUCCCCGGAAACGACGGGAUACCAGGAAAACCGGGUUUGCCUGGAAAAAGUAGACACGACUCGCAGAUGCAUCAAGAUGCUUCUGACGAAGCUACCGAUCAGCCCUGCGUUGGCGACUGUGCCCGAGGGAUGCCAGGGGUGCCGGGUAUGGCCGGUGCCAAAGGAGAAAAGGGAGACCAGGGCAAGCCUGGCGUAACCCCCGUGGAUAAUUGUGAUACCUGUUUGGAGAAACUACAGGCAACAGAGCCAAGGGAUCCUUGCAGCUGUACGGGCUCGCCUGGAGUUCCCGGAGUGCCUGGCUCACAAGGAAUACGCGGGGAACCUGGUUUGCCAGGAGAUAGAGGACACGCUGGACUACCAGGAAGCUUGGGUCCUCCAGGUUUCCCGGGUCCUCCAGGGCCAUCUGGUUCACCUGGUCCUCAAGGUGAGCAAGGGUCAGCUGGAUUAACAGGACUCAAGGGUGAACAGGGACCUUCAGGGACACCAGGCUAUCCUGGAUCCAUGGGCCCUCCUGGACUCCCGGGAUUGAAGGGUGAACGCGGGAGCCCGGGGACGAGUGGUGAGAAAGGAGAACCGGGUCCUUCUGGUGUCCCCGGAUACCAAGGACAAGCGGGUGCACCGGGUGGUAAAGGAGACACGGGACCAGCAGGACCCGUCGGACCAAAGGGUGAUCAGGGCUUUCCAGGACCUCCAGGAUUCCCUGGAACUCCAGGCCCACCUGGCCUUAUGGGGAAAAGUGGAAGAGAAGGAUCCCCAGGACUCAAAGGGGAAAAGGGCAAUGAUGGGGCCCAAGGUUCUCAAGGACGAACUGGACCCCCAGGUCCAUCAGGCUCCCCAGGACUGAUGGGUCCUCCUGGCAUUGAGGGAGUUGACGGAAAAGAUGGAAAACCCGGCCUUCGCGGAGAGCUGGGCCCACCAGGACCAGCCGGUCCAAGAGGAAUGCCAGGAUUCAAAGGGAAAACUGGUCACACUGGAUUUCCAGGAGCAAAGGGUGAAGUUGGACUUGCAGGUCCACCUGGACCACCAGGUAGACCCGGACAUGAGGGUGAUCCCGGAACGCCGGGAGCUUUGGGACGACCCGGACCAGCGGGUCACAUUGGUUCACCUGGUCCAGCUGGACCCCCAGGACCUCCCGGCCCAGCCGGAUUGGGUAUAAAGGGAGAUAAAGGUCAGAACGGAGAAAGAGGUCUCCCAGGAAUGCCAGGAACCCCAGGUCCUCCUGGUCACCCUGGAUUAAUGGGAGAGCCAGGAAAUGAUGGCUCUGCUGGUAAAGACGGCGCGGCAGGCCUUCCUGGUGAGAAUGGGAAGCCAGGUCAAAAGGGUGAACAAGGAGCCACGGGUGAAAGAGGGUCUCCGGGGGAGAGAGGCAGACCAGGACCACCCGGUGGAGGUUUGGGAUAUCACUCCAAGGACGCACAGCCAAUGGUUGGUCCAGCUGGGCCCAGAGGGGAGAGGGGUAACCCUGGCACAGCUGGCCCUCCUGGACAACCUGGAACUCCAGGAUCAUCAGGAAAUGAUGCUGUUGUCAAUUACGAUGAAAUCAAGAACUUCAUCAGGCAGCAGGUCAUCAAGAUCUUUGAUGAGAGAAUGGCCUACUACUUGUCUCGUAUGCAGACGCCCGUAGAAAGGGUGUCAUCUCCCGGUCGGCCCGGGCCCCCAGGGAAAGACGGUAUUCCCGGUAAUCCAGGAGCCCCCGGCGCACCUGGCAUGCCAGGGCAGAUCGGUCGACUCGGUCGAUCCGGACCCCAAGGCCCAGCUGGACCAAGAGGACCCAUGGGACCCAAAGGAGAUAAAGGUGUGGGUGAAAUGGGAGACGCGGGACCGCCUGGAGCACCAGGUGUCCCAGGUUCCCCAGGCUAUGGAAAAAUGGGACCCCCGGGAUCUGUUGGACAGCAAGGAGUUCCUGGAAUCCCAGGUCCGCCUGGCCCGACCGGUUCAAAGGGAAUCGACGGACGAUGCAACCCUUCGGACUGCAUGAGCCGUCAAGUAGAAUAUAGCCCCAAGGGACCGUCUGUCAAGGGCCCGUGGUAAAUAAACGAAGGGCCAGAAGUGAGCUCGGGCAAUCCGUUAAGAGGACAGACAGCUGGUAUUUCUGACCACAAUUUUCAAUAUGGCAACUUUCAUGCUAAUUUUAAAAGUGUAGUGUAAAAAUAUUCUUACCCCGACUUGGCCAAGACAUAAGCAGUGAGUUUUGAGUGCGUCGUUUGUUCCUUAUAAAUUCUGCUUCCUUUUCAUAUUCUUCUUUGUUGUUCUUUCGUCAUGGUUCAUUCCUAAAAACAAACCACAGGGAAGUGAAAAGAGCCAUGGUGAUUUUUUUUUUCUUCGCAACUUUAGAAAGCAGCAAUAUGUACUGUAGUGGUUUGCUUGCACGACCCCCCCCCCCCCCUAAAUUUUAUAAAAUAAAUCCUUCCUAAACCUUUACAAUGACUUCGGUGCUAUCCGGUACACCCUUUUUGGGGGGUUUACUGUUUUUGUAAAUAAUUCUAUUUAUAUAUAGCAGCUUUUUUUUUUUUUUACAUUCAGAAAAUUUUAAUGAGCUAUAUAAGCCCUUAGCCAUGAAAAUAUUGUAUACCAAACAUGCGUAAAGCAUUUCAAGCUAUUUCAAGUGAAGAUUUUUUUAAAUUCUUUUUUAUGUGGACACGGAAUAUAUAUAAAAUAUCUGGAAUAUUUGCAGCCAUUUAUCUUUAUCUAAAUACCCCUUCACAUUAAGAGUCGUCAAACCUUGAAAAGCAAAACUGUGGACAUACUUUGUCUCAUCAAAAAAAAAAAAAAAAAAAUUAAACUGUGUUUUAAAUGACUGUACAA